AUGAUGGACCUUAAAAUACCCGAGUUCUUAACCGAUGAAAACCACCCCAUUGGGUACUGUAUAAGUGGUAUUCAAACUUUUGUAAGUGAUAGUGUAAGGUUGAUAAGAAAAUGUACAAAACCUAAUAAGAAAGAAUACACAAAUAUAGUAUAUGCUUGUUCAUUUGGAUUUCUAAUUAUGGGAUUUAUCGGAUAUAUUAUAAAACUUGUCUUCAUACCUAUCAAUAAUAUUUUUGUUGGCGCCUAUUAA